AUGGCAGACCCUCUUUCCGUGGCAGGCUUGGCCUUUGCCGUAGUAUCUCUGGGUUUGCAAGUCACUGCAGGCAUCACGGAUUACUUCGAUGCCCUCAAUUCCCGCGACCAGGAUAUUGCGUCUGCACGGCAGCAAAACGACACAUUACGGAAGACACUCCGAGUUAUCGAGUCGUCAAGCUCUCGGCUCCAGAAUGACCACAGAGCCGAAACAGCGGCCUUGCGUGAAUGCCUCGAUUCGUGCAAGCAGGAAUUGCAGGCUCUGGAGAGCACCGUGACCGAACUCAUCUCCUGCGACCAAGCUACAACUUGUCGAAAAGACAAGAUUCGAAACCAGGGGAAAAGGCUCUUGUAUCCGUUCAAUCGCCCAAAGCUCGAACAAAUUACGACAAGAUUACAUAACAUCAAUUCGAAUCUUCAGUUGGCGUUGCAGAAUCUGGGACUUGCUGUAUCACAGCUGGGGACCGAGAGAUUAGCCACUCUCGAGGCGACUUCUCAUACUAUUUCUACCGAUCUUCUAAACGUCCAGUCUGAAAUCUUGGCCAUGACGACUCCCCUCCAAAGCAUGCAUAGCAAUCUAUCUCGAUUUGAAACACGCUUUGACGGCCUCGAAAAUUUAGUCCAGCAGCUGCUUAUUGGGAAUUCAACCACCAACGGAACCCAAUCAGAAGCCACUCCUUUGAUGGUCACCGGCCGACUCCUUAGCAAACCGGGAUUGUUGCAAGAGACGUGCGACGCUGCCGGAGCUCAGGCGUGGCAGAGAUCAGAUGCGACACCACCGGUAAUGCGUCGCCGCACGUCACAAUUCAGCAAGACGGUCUCAAUUUAUACUGGAGGCCGCUUCUCGUGCUUCUGUCGUUGUAGCCAACCAAUUCAACGUAAGAGUGUUGUCUGGAGCUCCUUUAGCCUCUCCCUUGAGACGGCCAUCGAGCAGCAUCUGCCGGGGUGCCCAGCCACUCAAGCGAUACCGGUCACAGAUCGAAGGCAGAAAAUCAGUUUAACAUAUGUUGGAUUCCAAUCUCUGCUUAACUUGGCCAUCCAGCUUUCAUUCAUGGUUCGGUCGGGGGCAGGUGGUUGGAGCCUCGGCUCUAAUUUCACCUACUAUCCUCUCGUCGACUCUAAAUCUGCACCAGCCUUCAGAAUGCUCUUCAUAUUGAAAACUUCUCUCCUCUUUGGGAAACAUGAUAUUACAGACGACGACGGUCUCCUGGGCAGUGUAACAUGGCAGGAAAGAAUGAUUUCGUCAGUGGUGUCCGCAAUAUCGAGAUUGUUUCGAACCAAAAAGGCGUCACCACGAGCAGUCGACGCCAAGAAUAGGUCUCUGGUCUACGGCUUGGCUGAAUGUGUAUCUUUGAUCGUGGAUAGAUCUGUCCCGCUGUUGCGCCAGGAUGAAUCCAGCCCUCUGCUUGAUCUUCUCCGAUAUUUACUAAUCAACAAGGCUCCAGCAAGCGAUUAUGAUAUAUACGGCGAGACGCCGCUUAGUAUAAUGCUCACGCCAUCUACAUAUGGUAUUACCAGCGAUCCAUUACUUGCUGCUGCGGCAGAACUCCUCCUGCGAUCAAAUACCGAGAAUAAAGUAGCUUGUCUGUCACGUCCAGAGCUGCUAGCAUAUACAAGGGUUCGUAACCGAUCAGGACAAAGCGUUCUUGAACGAAGCCAUGCGGUUAUACUCUCCUUCCUGGCUGGUUCGGCUAAACUAGCCGAAGUCGAACUCCUUCUGAGGAAGCAUCCUACCACCCUCUCCGAGCGAAACCUUUUUGGGCAUACUCCGCUGCACCUCGCUGCAGACAAGCUAUUAUUCUUGAGACUCCUGGUCAAAGUCGCAGAUGCAAGACUCCUCAAUCAGGCAGAUGGACGAGAUGGAUUAGGCCUGUCUGUAGUAGAGACGGCCGUCUCUCUCAGCAAGCUGCACUGUAGAGAAGACAGCGGCAUGUGUAAAAAUUGCAGUUGUGACGAAUGUGCGGUCACUCUUUUGGAAGCAGAUUGCGCGCUUCCUGUGUCGCAAAACCUACAGGACGUGCUUGCUAGUGCCUCUGAACGGUGCAAACUGACAUAUGCACGUCAUAUGAAAGACCGAAGAGACAGACUGAAGCAGCUUGCCCUGGAAAAUCUUUCUAUAGAGGAAGUAGAGCGAUUAGGUCUGGCUUCUGAAAGUCUUCUCGAUUCUCAUGCGUCGGAAGUCACCCAACUCUUGCAAGGCGGUGGCAUUGCCGUUCCUGCAGCCCUUGCUGUCGUGAGUAGCGAGUCGUUACCAGUCUACCACGCACUUUACUCGCCCAAGGAUGCCGAAAUCUUCUUCAACGUCGGUUUUCGCGACACGGAUGCGUGGUCCACUCGUGGCAUGGCGGAAAUUGCACUUCUUUGCUGUAGCCCUAGCAUGGGCCUCGGAUAUCUGCAUUGGCUGAGUAAACAUGGCGGCAUCUCCUGCCAGCCCUCGGUUGCAUCAACUAAGGAUGUUUUUGCAGCCCAUCUGAUAUUUUUAAUGAUUGGUUUUGCAUUCUCUGGUUGCGACUCAGCGGUCUUCAGGCCUGGAGGUUCCUUGCAAUUUGACCAAAUCGAGCACACUAUGAAUAGCGAAUCGCCACCAUUACCUCCGGUCGACGACCGCAUAGCUUCGAUCCGCGAACUCCAUACUACAAUACUGCCGGCUGAUAUCGCCGACGCAUGUCAUUGUCAAUGCUUUUCUGGGGGCUGCACUCCGCUCAAGUCUUUAUUAAAGGGGGCGAUCGAAGACUGGAAUUUUCAACACCAACCUAGACACUCCCCAGAGAACCGCGCUUCAGACUAUAGAAAGUCACUACGAAAGCUUAUCACCGGGUUUAUUCUAUAUCUCGAGUAUUUUUGGUGUCAUCUUGAGAUCAGGCAUCACAUUACGACUCUUCGGUUCAUGACCUAUACCGCGUUAGAAAUACCCCAUUCCUGUUCUUCCCAUUGUCCUUUUUAUAUGUCCGAGGAUGUUUCUAGUGUUAUUGAGGAUGAACUCAAAGAUGAGCAAGCAUCUGAUCUGGAACUACUGGAAGAGCUCUUGCAUGGGUUCGAGGGCGAGCUCAUUGCAAUCCUUCAAGACCCGGACCGGAAGAUUACCGAUCUUACCGACUUCUGGAAACGUACCUGGACGGGUCGAAUGGCAGAGGUUCUGGCUCACCUUGAAGGAUGUGAUUUGUCGGAUGAAGAGAGACGCGCAGCUGAGGGAAUUGGGCUGGUAUGGAAUAAAUCACUACCUGAACAACGAUCUGGACCACGUAAAGUGGGAGGAAACCCCUAUCGCUUCAGAACUUGGGAUUUCUGGAUGUAUGAGCUGGAGAAAACUGAAGCAAAGUGUCAGUGA